CAAAACCCCAGUUCCAGCUCCAGCUCCACCGCAGACGCCUUUUGGAUGCCACCGCCUUCGACAAUCCACGUCGCGCAUCACUUCUAUGACUUCGCGCUGACGUGUUGAUGCCGAGGAGGGCCUGGCGACAAUGAAUAGCCCUUGAUCAGGGCAUUUUCCAUCACAAUCGUCCAUACAAUCACAAUCUCUACAUACCAUUCCAUUCGAUACCAUACAACACCGUACAACACCAUACAAUACAACCCGCACAACUUCUCCUCGAUUUCUUGUCGCCAUCUCACUCUUCGGCCUCCGCGGACCCUCCUACACCGAUUUCCAGAUGUACGAAUCAUUUCCUUCUCUCUCUACCAUCUACAACUUCUCUCGACUCUUUUCCAGCGGUCAAUAUUCCCUUCUCGAUCCACAGCCCAACAUCCCACAAACACUACCUCUCCCCCAUGGAGCUCAAGCAGCCCCAGUCAGGUGCCAUGGCAUCUGCGGCGGGUAUGGGAGGUGCAGAUAAGCAGAUCAGCUUUCUCUCGCAGAGAAUCCUGCCCAGCAUACCCCACCUCUUCUCCGUCCCUACCAAGACACCAUACCAACCGACCUUCAUCUAUGAAAACCAAAAUACCCCCUUCGAUCAGAAGGAAGUCAUGGCACUCCAAUACAUGACCCUAAUCUCUAAUGGCGACCGUGGGGUGGGACAUACUAUGGGCAAUUGGCAAGAAAGUCUCAGUCCUCCUCUCAGCAGCGGGGCGCAAAGCAACACAUCUACUCCAAAUCCUCAGAGAGAAGCCAAAAAGCCUUCCGUGAAAAUGUCCAUUGCGGAUUAUAAGAAUCUGAAGACGACCGGGCUCAAACCUCUUCCGAAACCCUCCACUGCGAUGUCCGAGUCGAAGCACAGAUCCGAUACCACUGAUCUCAAAGCAGGGCAUGCAAGAAGUGCAAGUGCGACCUCGAAUGAUACUCCUAUGGGUCGAAUACCUUCUUCUGAGGGUUAUCACAGGCAGGACGGGACGGGCGCAUCGGGUCCCGUUGGGCAUAAGGCUCCUGUCCAGGAGGAGAGACAUGCGCCGUCCCAAACAACACAUCCCGAGGCAAGAGGUGUAGAAAAGAACCGUGCUACAGUAAACGGUCACUCAACGCGCGAGUCGCAACCUAAAGACGCAAACAGCGAUCGAGCAUCCUCGAGGCCAAAUUCCCAAACAAAGGAACCUCCCAAAUACCCCCCUUCUCCCGGCCCCCAGUCCCCGCGACGAGACAACUCGGAGCCCAGACAGCAGAAGAGACCGCACGCGUCGAGUGAUGCGUCUCAUCCCGAGAAGCGUGCCAAAAUUGAGCAUGCUGACGCGAGAACACCUCCAGUGCCUCGCAAGUCAGAAGCUUCUUCCGAACAAAAACCAUCUACCGCCCGAAAGGCUCCAGCAGCGGCUCCUUCCCGGGCAUCACCACCGCCCAAGAAGGAUGCCUCUGCCGAUAGGAAGCCAAAUGGGACCAAGACCAGCGCUUCAAUAUCCCCAGAAAAGCCUUUGAAUCUCCCCAAAAUAUUAUCUCCUUUACCGGACGAUUUGGUUAUUCCCCCAGAGACAGGUCCGACAGGUUUUAAGAUGCCCGAAUCCGAGAAGAGCACGCCUCCCAAAAGCCCCUCCCAAAAGUCGAAGGGAGUGACCCCUAAUUCUACCACUACUAAGCCUACCCAUCCGAAAAAGGUUUCGUCUACCUCAUCGCCUUAUUCGACACCAAAGCUCUCGCAAGACCUGCCUCCUUUCGUCCUCCCUAAACUCUUGUCUCCCGACCUCCCAGACAUCGUCGAAGCAGAGCUUCUCCGGCUCAAAGAGAAAGGCUCUAGUGGUCUCAACACUGUCGAAGCUCGCCAUGAAAAGGUUCGUCAGCCUGGCGCCCUGGGUGUUGCUCAAAAGACACAGAGACCGAAGGUUGGCCAUCCACCAAAGAAGAGUCAUGGCGAGUCUAGCAAGAAGGUCGAGGAGAAGGAGGUCGAUAGCUUUGUCGUGAAGAUUCGGUACAAAAAGCGGCUGGCAAAGGACAUUGGACGUAUCCUCGCUUUGCCCUCGAAAUCUAUCAAGAAGCAUGAAGCCGAGCGCCUUCGGGAAAGGUCGGCAUCCGCUGCACCUCCUGUCAAGGGAAGAUCUGAUUCAGAGGAUGAUACUCCGAUCGCCGCAAGCCGCAGUACCAAAGCUCCCGCUACUUCAACUGCCAAGAAGCGGCCACCGAGUGAUUUGUCUGGCCGCAACGAACCAGCACCAAAGCGUGCCAAAGGAGCCGAAAAUACCGAUAUUUCCAAAGCCUCUACGCCGACCAGCAAGCCUACUGCUCAAGCUGGUGCGAGUGCAUCCAAAGAGAAGGGUCUGAUGGCGACGCCGAAGAAGGGGGACGCCAUGAAGAGCGUCGCAAUGCGUAGGGUUGAUUCCAGCGAUGGUCAUGCCCGAACCCCUCAGGGCGGAAAUAGCAGCACCCCAGCUUCGGCCGAGAAAUCGAGGAUCAACGGGUUGACUCCUCAAGUUGUCAGCCAGGAGUUGACGCGCGCCGCGCAGGAAAACGACAAAUUCUUCGCCGUCGGUACCACGCUGAAGCGAAAGAUGGACGCCGUGCUGAAGAAACCAGACGCUACCGAGAGCGAGCGCAAGAGCGGUGUCAUGAGUGGCAUCGAGGGUCUGUUGGGUUAUAUGCUUGCCUUUCACGCGCGAGACAAGACAUCAACGUUCCGCAACCAGGCCCCGCGUCAGGAGAAUUGGGAGGAGUUCUUUAUGCUCUGGAAUUUCAUUGGGAAGAAAACGCCCAAGUAUCCCGAACUGCACGCCUUGCUUGGGCAGCUGGGCGCCGUAUCCCGUGAGCAGUGGAACAAGGCGAACAUGGAACAGCCGAAGGAUCGACGCGAUUGGGAGAAGAUGGUCAAUAACCUGAGGGAGAGAGAUAAGCUCUGGGCUCAGUGCAAGCGAGAUGAACGUCUGAUCCUAGAUCUUGGAGUGAAUGGCACCCUCGGCCCAUGGAGCUCGGUCGGCGAGGCGGUGGGAUUCGGCAUCGCGACCCUGACGUACUACGCGGAGAAGCAAGGCAAGGGAGUAGAGUGGAAGCAGGACCCGAGUUUCUCGAUGGGGUACGCGCGGAAGUUCAUGAGCGAGGCGGGAUGAGGCGGGGUGAAGAUGACGCGGGAUGAGGCGUGAUGAUUUACGGCGUUCUUUGUCCAAAAUGUCGGGUUUCUUCAAGAAGCUCAACACCAGGAUGGAUGAUGACGGACGGACGGACGGAUGGAUGGAUGGCGUAAACGGCGGUGGCUUAAUUGCUAAGGUGUUGAUUGAUUGAUUGUCUAUAGCGACAUAACAGCCACAACCGGGGGAAACAUGGCGUUUUGAUAUCUGG